CGAGACAUGGGCUCCCCUUGCCCGGCAGAGAAACAGCUGGAAAGAGGCUCCCUGAGACAGGAGGGCUGCUCAUCGUUCUCUGGCCGUACAUUGUAAACGAAGUAAUGCACGCAGAAUAACAGACUAUUGUGUGGCGAGCAAGUGUGAAAUGCAUCGGCUGUGAUUCAACUCUUCGCUGUCUGCUGGAACCCAACUGGCUCUGAAAUUGAGAGGAACUUUUAUUUCCAUUCAGCUGCUGAGUUUUUCUCUUGAUUGGAGUGCAUCUUGGAAUGACGUCUUCGGUGAUAGCCAUGCCUUCCAGAGACAGGGGCCUGCAUCCUGGCCACCAUCACCUCGGCUCCUGCGGCCCUUUGAGUCAGUUCUUGCCACGCCCCGCGGAGCCCCCGUCCAUCAAGGGCAUUUACUACCGCAGGGCCCGGAAGCUGGGAGCACAGGACGCCUCCUGGACGGGGGACCUGAAGAAGGAGAUGCUGGUCAACGUGGGGGGCAAGCGGUACCUCCUUCCGUGGAGCACGCUGGACGAGUUUCCACUGAGCCGCCUGAGCAAACUCCGCUUCUGCCGGACCCACGAGGAGAUCGCGCAGCUCUGCGACGAUUACGACGAGGGUAAUCAAGAGUUCUUCUUUGACCGGAACCCCAGCGCUUUCGGGGUGAUCGUGAGCUUCCUGGCGGCAGGCAAGCUGGUCCUCCUCCAGGAGAUGUGUGUGCUGUCCUUCCAGGAGGAGCUGACCUACUGGGGGAUCGAAGAAGCCAAUCUGGAGACGUGCUGCCUGCAGACACUGCUGAGGAAGCUGGACGAACUGGCCGAGCUGCGCACGGAGGAGACGCUGCAGCGCCGGGCAGCCGGCCGCCCCGCCGUGCACACGUCCCGCUGGGCGCUCUUCAUGAACCGGCUGCGGGAGAUGGUGGAGAACCCGCAGUCGGGGCUCCCCGGAAAGGUCUUUGCUUGUCUGUCCAUCCUCUUCGUGGCCACCAUGGCCGUCAGCCUGUGCGUUAGCACCAUGCCGGACCUGAGGGCAGAGGAGGGCAAGGGGGAGUGCUCGCGUAAGUGCUACUCCAUUUUCAUCGUGGAGACCGUCUGCGUGGCCUGGUUUUCCCUGGAGUUCUGCUUGCGGUUUGUCCAGGCCCAGAACAAGUGCCAGUUCUUCCAAGGGCCCCUGAACAUCAUCGACAUCCUGGCCAUCUCCCCCUACUACGUGUCCCUCGCGGUGUCCGACGAGCCCCAGGCGGACGGCGCGAGGCCGAGCCGCAGCUCGUACCUGGAGAAGGCGGGACUGGCGCUGCGCGUGCUGCGGGCACUGCGCAUUCUCUACGUGAUGCGCCUCGCCCGCCACUCGCUGGGGCUGCAGACGCUGGGCCUCACCGUGCGCCGCUGCACGCGCGAGCUCGGCCUGCUCCUCCUCUUCCUCUGCGUAGCCAUUACCCUCUUCGCUCCUCUGGUCUACGUGGCCGAGAAUGAGUCCGGGCGAGUUCUGGAGUUCACCAGCAUCCCGGCCUCCUAUUGGUGGGCCGUCAUCUCCAUGACGACGGUGGGCUACGGAGACAUGGUCCCGAGCAGCGUGCCGGGCCAGAUGGUGGCCCUCAGCAGCAUCCUGAGCGGCAUCCUCAUCAUGGCCUUCCCGGCCACGUCCAUCUUUCACAUUUUCUCGCACUCCUACCUGGAGCUCAAGAAGGAGCAGGAGAGGCUGGAGGCUCGCUUCCGCCGCCUGCAGAACGCGGCCACGGCCAGUGAACACGAACUCUUAACCGACGUCCAAGACCUGAUCCUGGAGGGCCCUGCCUUGCCCAUCGCAUACAUGUAACUCAAAAUCCCCCCUGAAUAUUCCAGAUCUUCAGCCCAUCGCCCUCGGCUUACACGAACUGGAGAACACCAGCACCUACAUCAUCCAGUGGUGUGUUUCUAGAGCUUGGGGGUCACUCCCAGAGCUAGGAGGGGCUUGAGGCCAAAGAUGUUUGGUUGGGUGAUUCUUGACUCCUCCCUGGCCACGACGUCCACGUCACUUGCCGUCUCCUCUCUCCCUGCCCCUCUCUGAGCACAAGCAAGUUCGCUUGCUGGGUUAGGUCUGUCUCCCUUUAAUCUCGUUUCCUUCCCUGCAGAGUCUUCAACAACCCAGGCUAGGUUCCAGACACCUAGAGGACCAAUCCUACAGAAUUCCAUUCCUCCCUGAAGACCCUCUUUCCUGGGCCAACCCACCCCCAGGAACUGGAGGUUUCAGUCACUGCAAACCUUUCUGAUCAGGUCCCUCCACCCAGCUCUACUGGGGGUUCUAGCCGGGGUCAGUUCUUCUACCACUUACACCACCAAUGGCAUUUUUCUAAUGUAGCUGCCUCCCCCCAGCUCUGGAAGCUCUUAGCCAAGAAGGCAGAACUGGCCUCCACGUUAAGUCCCACACUGGGGGAUGGUGGCCUGCCACCCCUCCUGAUGCACUUGGGACCUGGACAGGAGCGGCACUUGUCAGCACAGCAGGUCCUCCUUGGCCACCUGGGCUCUUGGUGAGACA